AUGGAGCGUUUGGCUGCCGAAUUCAAGGAGCGCUUCCGUCCUCCUCCUCCAUCUCUCUUUUGUUUCUUCUUCUCUUUCCUCCGCCUCCGCUGCUCCCGGCCACGGUCAUCCCCGGCAACACCCUCGCCGCCGAUCCCAACACCACCACCGCCGCCGCCGCCGAACGAGUCCCCCGAGGCCUCGCCCCGCAUCAUCGACGGGCUCUUUUACGAGCGUAAAAUGGGCGACGUCCAGCGUGCCGUCCACUGGGACGUUUGGAGGACCGAGUGGUUCCCUUGCGCUGCGUACCACUGUACGCACCUUGACGCCAUCAUCAACAGCGAGGCAGAGUACAUGAACUGGCCGGAGUAUUUUGGUGACGAGGACAAGGAGGAGAAGAAGUUUGGGUUGUGUGAGGAGUGUGAAGGUGUGGAUGCGGAUGUUUUUAAUGAGACGGGGGGUGAGAGUACUGCCGGUGGUCAUGGUCUGGUUCAGGAUCCUGUCGGCGGUGGUCAGUUGAGUCUGAAUGAGGGCGAGGAGGAGGGGAUUCCGAAGAUGAUUGCGUCGUUGGACCCUUUGAUGGAUAAUAUGAACAUGGAGUGA